AUGAGUACCAUACAAAGUCUCAAGAAUUUCAUACGUCAUGGCAAACAAGCCCGGCUGGUGACGCCGCAUGCCGAGCCCACCACCAAUGUCUCUCCCAUCCAUGCCGAACAACAGCGUCAACCCCAGGGUUCCUACCCGCCAGCCGCUGGGAACCUGGAUGCCAUUGACAGCAGAUUGGGCAACGGCCAGGCACAGCCAUCGCAGAAGAAUCCCGAGCCGACCCGUCGCGCGCGCGAGGCCGAAAUCGAGCAGAUCAUCGCAGAGGAAAAGAGCAGCCGCAACAAGAUGCCCCGAUACCCCGGUCUCGAACGGUAUACCCUCGUCGAAAAGAUGGGCGAUGGCGCCUUCAGUAAUGUCUAUCGCGCGCGAGACAGCACCGGCGAAUACGGCGACGUGGCCAUCAAGGUCGUCCGCAAGUUUGAGAUGAAUAGUAACCAGUCUUCCGCCCAUCUACAUCCCGGGUUAAAAAAGAAACCCAAAGCUACAGAGCGCGCCAACAUCCUGAAGGAGGUACAGAUCAUGCGCCAGCUGGAUCAUCCGAAUAUCGUCAAGUUGGUCCAGUUCUCCGAGUCGCGUCAAUAUUACUACAUCGUGCUAGAGCUCUGCCCCGGCGGCGAGUUGUUCCACCAGAUCGUGAGAUUAACCUACUUCAGCGAGGAUCUCAGUCGCCACGUCAUUCUGCAAGUGGCCAAGGCGAUUGAAUAUCUCCAUGAGACAUCCGGUGUCGUUCAUCGCGACAUCAAACCCGAGAACCUCCUCUUCUACCCCACCGAGUUCAUCCCCAGCAAAAACCCCCAACCCCGUCAGCCUGGCGAUGAGGACAAGGUCGACGAAGGUGAGUUCAUCCCCGGACAGGGCGCGGGCGGGAUCGGGGUGAUCAAGAUUGCCGAUUUUGGCCUGUCCAAGGUCAUCUGGGAUAGUCAAACGAUGACUCCCUGUGGAACGGUCGGAUACACCGCCCCCGAGAUUGUCAAAGACGAGCGAUACUCGAAGAGCGUCGAUAUGUGGGCCCUGGGAUGUGUGCUCUACACCCUGCUCUGUGGAUUCCCUCCCUUUUAUGAUGAGAGCAUUCAGGUGCUCACGGAAAAGGUCGCGCGCGGCCAGUAUACGUUCCUGUCGCCCUGGUGGGAUGAUAUCUCCAAGUCCGCGCAGGACUUGAUCUCUCAUCUGCUGACGGUUGACCCCGACAAACGGUACACCAUUAAGCAGUUCCUGGCGCAUCCGUGGAUCCGCCAGACCGAUGAAGCCACGGAGGCGGCGGCCGACGCGCCCCCGCUGGCGACGCCCUUGGCCACCCGCAAGAUGCAACAUCUGGAUGCCGUCGCGGCCGACCAAGCGCCCUAUGCCCCGGCCAGCGCCCGCCUCCUGGACCAGCCCUCGGCUGGCUUGGAGCGCCCGAUGGACUUCCGUUCACCGGGGGCCAUCAAUCUGCGCGAAGUCUUCGACGUCGGCUACGCCGUCCACCGACAGGAGGAAGAAGGCAAGCGGCGCAAGAACUUCCGCCAGGGCUACCGGGGGGCGAACCCGUCCACGGCGUUCCAGUCGGCGCUGAAUCCCUUGAACGAAGACUACGACGAACCCGAAGAGAUCACCUACCAACCCCUCCCUCGCGAGGACUUCCCUCCCGCCAAGAUUCCCAAGGCCUCGCAGCAAGCCGGCGAUGUGGCGGCGAUGGAAGCGAAACUCCGGUCGACGAACCUCGGGGCGCCCAGCCACGCCGCGCAAGCGCGCCAAGCCCACCAGCCCCGACAGCAGCAGCAAGGAUACGGCCAGCACAGCGCCAAAGUGGCCGCCGCCGCUAAGCAGAGCAUUGCUCGCGGGGCGCGGGAGCCCUUCGAGCUGAGCCUGGACAACGCCACCCUCUUAGAGAAGAGAGGGCGCCGGCAGCAGGGGCAGUCGGUGGCCUAA